GGUUUUGUAUUGGUGCCUUGAUGCUUUCUGGUUUGGGGAACUUUUCCUGGCCAGUAAACCCAGGAAUCAGAGAGCUGCUGGUCAGUCUCAGCUUGCAGGGGUAUCUGGAGUUACCUGCCCUUUUGUGGCAGAAAUGCCUUAAUCCCCCCGCCACAUGUCCCACCGUGUCUGUGCUAACACAAGGCCCUUUGGUCUCCGCAGCCAUGGACUUCCCCCAGCACAGCCAGCAUGUCUUGGAGCAGCUGAACCAGCAGCGGCAGCUGGGGCUUCUCUGUGACUGCACCUUUGUGGUGGACGGUGUUGACUUUAAGGCCCAUAAAGCGGUGCUGGCAGCCUGCAGCGAGUAUUUCAAGAUGCUCUUUGUGGACCAGAAGGACGUGGUGCACCUGGACAUCAGUAACGCGGCAGGCCUGGGGCAGGUGCUGGAGUUUAUGUACACGGCCAAGCUGAGCCUGAGCCCUGAGAAUGUGGAUGAUGUGCUCGCCGUGGCCAGCUUCCUCCAAAUGCAGGACAUCAUCACGGCCUGCCAUGCCCUCAAGUCACUCGCUGAGCCAGCCACCGGCCCUGCGGGAAAUGCGGAGGCCUUGACCACAGGAGGAGGGGACAAGAGAGCCAAAGAGGAGAAGGCUGCUGCCACCAUGCUGAGCAGGCUGGACCAAGUGGGGAGCAGUCCACCCACAGGCCCAGCCAGGGAGCUCAAAGAGGAGCGAGGUGGCCAGGCCGAGAGUGCAGCCCCCGGUGCAGAGCAGACGGAGAAGGCCGAUGCCCCCCGGGAGCCGCUGCCUGUGGAGCUCAAGCCAGACCCCACGAGUGGCAUGGCUGCCGCAGAAGCAGAGGCUGCGUUAUCAGAGAGCUUGGAGCAAGAAAUGGAGGUGGAGCCCGCCAGGAAGGGAGAAGAGGAGCCGGAGGAGGAGGGCGCAGAGCCUGCCGAGGUCAAGGAGGAGGGCCCGCAGCUGGAGAACGGCGAGACCCCCGAAGAGAACGAAGAGUCGCCGGGCACAGACUCUGGGCAGGAGCUCGGCGCAGAGGCCCGGAGCCUGCGCUCGGGCACCUACGGCGACCGCACAGAGUCCAAGGCCUACGGCUCCGUCAUCCACAAGUGCGAGGACUGUGGGAAGGAGUUCACGCACACGGGGAACUUCAAGCGCCACAUCCGAAUCCACACAGGCGAGAAGCCCUUCUCGUGCCGGGAGUGCAGCAAGGCCUUUUCUGACCCGGCCGCCUGCAAGGCCCACGAGAAGACGCAUAGCCCUCUGAAGCCGUAUGGCUGCGAGGAGUGUGGCAAGAGCUACCGGCUCAUCAGCCUGCUGAACCUGCACAAGAAGCGGCACUCGGGCGAGGCGCGCUACCGCUGCGAGGACUGUGGCAAGCUCUUCACCACCUCAGGCAACCUCAAGCGCCACCAGCUGGUGCACAGUGGGGAGAAGCCCUACCAGUGCGACUACUGCAGCCGCUCCUUCUCUGACCCCACCUCCAAGAUGCGCCACCUGGAGACCCAUGACACUGACAAGGAGCACAAGUGCCCACACUGCGACAAGAAGUUCAACCAGGUGGGGAAUCUGAAGGCCCACCUGAAGAUCCACAUCGCGGACGGGCCCCUCAAGUGCCGGGAGUGCGGGAAGCAGUUCACCACCUCAGGGAACCUCAAGCGGCACCUGCGGAUCCACAGCGGGGAGAAGCCCUAUGUGUGCAUCCACUGCCAGCGGCAGUUUGCCGACCCUGGCGCUCUGCAGCGGCACGUCCGCAUCCACACUGGCGAGAAGCCGUGCCAGUGUGUGAUGUGCGGCAAGGCCUUCACCCAGGCCAGCUCCCUCAUCGCCCACGUGCGCCAGCACACCGGGGAGAAGCCCUACGUCUGCGAGCGCUGCGGCAAGAGAUUUGUCCAGUCCAGCCAGCUGGCAAAUCACAUUCGCCACCAUGACAACAUCCGCCCACACAAGUGCAGCGUGUGCAGCAAGGCCUUUGUGAACGUGGGGGACCUGUCCAAGCACAUCAUCAUCCACACGGGCAGGAGAGAACCUUGCCUCCCCCCAGGAGAGAAGCCUUACCUGUGUGACAAGUGUGGUCGUGGCUUCAACCGGGUAGACAACCUGCGUUCCCACGUGAAGACUGUGCACCAGGGCAAGGCAGGCAUCAAGAUCCUGGAGCCCGAGGAGGGUGGUGAGGUCAGCGUGGUCACUGUGGAUGACAUGGUCACGCUGGCCACUGAGGCCCUGGCCGCCACAGCUGUCACUCAGCUCACAGUGGUACCAGUAGGGGCUGCGGUGACAGCCGAUGAGACGGAAGUACUUAAAGCCGAGAUCAGCAAAGCUGUGAAGCAAGUGCAGGAAGAAGACCCCAAUACUCACAUCCUCUACGCCUGUGACUCCUGUGGGGACAAAUUCCUGGACGCCAACAGCCUGGCUCAGCAUGUGCGAAUCCAUACGGCCCAGGCACUGGUCAUGUUCCAGACCGACGCGGACUUCUACCAGCAGUACGGGCCAGGCAGCACGUGGCCGGCCGGGCAGGUGCUGCAGGCUGGGGAGCUGGUCUUCCGCCCUCGGGAUGGGGCCGACGGUCAGCCCGCACUGGCAGAGACCCCCCCUACAGCUCCUGAAUGUCCACCACCUGCUGAGUGAGUGGGCAGCUCUUCUCCUGACUGUUUAUUUAAAGAUGGAUGGCAUCCUGGAACUGAGAAGGGUGGCUCCAUUCCCUAGAGAGAAUAAAUUUGAUUAUUUUCUAA